AUGUCUGCAUAUCGAAGACAAGUUGAUUAUAUUCAACAACAUUAUAAUCUUCCAAUUGAGGUAAGUCCACAUGAAAUCAAAUAAAAAAAGUGAUUGAAAAUGAGUGACAAUUAAGGUGAAUACAAUUGAUUCGUAUCAAGGACGAGAGAAGCGGGUGAUUAUUUGGACAAUUACUUGGACUAACAACUCUUCGAAGGUAAUUUUAGUAAUUAUUAUUUACUAUCUUUUUUCUUCUUUUUCAGAAAUCUGAAUUACUUCGAGAUGAGAGACGUGUGAAUGUUGCAUUGACACGUGGAAAACAGAAAUUAAUUAUAAUUGGAUGUCGAAAAAGUUGUGAUGAAAUUCCGAUUCUUUAUGAACUCAACAAAUUGAUCAAAGAGAAAAAUGGUUUCGUGAAAAUAGAAAUAUGA